UUUGACCGCCAGCAACCGGAAACGCAGAGGUGCCCGGUGCGAGCGUGACCGAAUGACCAUCGCGACCCAAAGGAACCGGAGCGCCGAGCGGAGCCGAAGCUUGGCGAACAUGAUGGAGCGGCGGAACCGGCUGCUGGUGCUGAUGCUGCUCUGGUCCUUGGAAGCGACGCCGGCGGAGACGGUGGUGUGUCAGUGCCGGGGGCCGUCCUUGUGUCACUGUGACGGGGUCAAAGGUCAGAAGGGCCAGACGGGUUACCUGGGCUACGACGGACUUCCUGGAGGGAUUGGCUAUCCAGGGCACGAGGGUAACCAAGGACCAGCUGGAGAAAAGGGCGGUCUGGGUGCGGCGGGAGUUCCUGGUCUGAAGGGGUCCCGGGGUCUCCCAGGAAAACCGGGUUACCCGGGUCCUCCAGGUCUGCCGGGUCUGCCUGGACUGGAGGGUCCUCUCGGCCAGCCUGGACUCCACGGAUGUAACGGCACUCAGGGGGGCCGCGGAUCCCCGGGAGUCCCUGGACUUCCAGGCCCUGCCGGGCUACAAGGCUACCCAGGGCCACCUGGAGCAAAGGGAGACACGCUGGUCUUCCCGCUCGUUCAGGGAGAAAAAGGGCUGCCUGGACCGCAGGGACCAGAUGGAGUCAAGGGCUACACCGGAGAUCCGGGUGACGCUGGGCAAGUAGGCCAGCCGGGACCUGCUGGACUACCUGGACGUCCAGGGUUGGCGGGCUCACCGGGAGAGAAGGGUCAAGAGGGUCCAAGCCCAGUAAUUCCUGGUCCUCAGGGUCAGAAGGGGGAUCGCGGACCUCCAGGAGUUCCGGGGCAAAAAGGAAUCAAACUUUAUGCCGAAGGGCCAAAGGAACUGAAGGGAGAACCUGGGGAAACGGGAGCAAAAGGUUGUCGUGGACUUCCUGGUCUUCCGGGUAAAGUGGGAGAGAAAGGAGCCAAGGGUGAGCAAGGAGAUCCAGGCCCUCAGGGAAAACCAGGCAAAGACGGACAACCCGGAGGCCUUGGAGAGCCGGGGGAGCCUGGGGACCCUGGAUACAUUGGCCCACCGGGCAUUGAAGGAAGCAAUGUUUGUGUCCAGGGAGAGAAGGGUGACCGAGGUGCUCCUGGUCCUCCAGGUGAGAUGGUCCAGAAUCAGAGAUUUCUCAAGGGUCAGCGGGGCAUCCCAGGUGCACAAGGACCUCGAGGGGUCCCUGGAGAGCAAGGACUUAUUGGCAUCCCCGGUCCUCCAGGUCAACCAGGCAACGCUGUGGACGGGCCUCCAGGACCAGACGGACCCCCGGGUCCACCAGGACUAAAAGGAGAACCAGGAGAACCCGGAGUGUUUAUCAUUGGCCCUCCGGGUCCAGAGGGUGUUCCAGGCGCUCCAGGUGCUGAGGGAGAAGCAGGAGAACCUGGAAUUCCAGACUUCAUACAGGGAGAUAUUGGACAUCCAGGAACUAAAGGUCCUAAAGGCCUGAGGGGACCUCCUGGAACAAGAGGGAAGGAUGGUCCACAAGGCGAUAGAGGGGAUGUGUGCACGGUCUGCCAAGUGUCACCUGGGACCCCAGGACCUCGGGGCGACCCUGGAGAGAAGGGUGAAGACGGAAUACUCGGCACCAUGGGAUUUCCAGGACCUAAAGGCCCAAAAGGAGUGAAAGGUAUUGGCGGUCCACCCGGUCCUCAGGGCACCCAUGGAAACCCUGGGGAGGCUGGUCCUCCUGGACCAGUGGGGGAGCCGGGCAUCAUGCAGAGGGUUGGCCUGAAGGGGGAAGUUGGAGAGCGUGGACGACCAGGCCUGCCAGGCAUUGAGGGUGCUGGUGGACCUGAUGGACGUCCUGGACCAAAGGGCAUUUUGGGACCAAAGGGCAACAUUGGUCCUCGAGGGCCAAAGGGUGAGCGAGGCCCUCUUGGUGUUUCCGGUCCCAGAGGACCAACAGGGCAAACAGGACCACCUGGCCCACAUAGAAUCGGCAUUCCAGGACUUGUAGGAUCACCAGGGGAUGUGGGACUUGUAGGGCUGCCCGGGGAACCAGGAAAUCCGGGAGACAAGGGUUCCCCCGGAGACAUAAGAAUGUCCCCCGGUGAGCCAGGCCAGAAGGGUCAGAAAGGUUUAACUGGGAAUCCUGGACCUGAAGGUAAAACUGCAAGUAGAAUCUGUCUUCUGUUUAACAACUAUGUGUGUGCCAAAGGUGUGCCUGGACCACCUGGUGACCCUGGUCCCAUUGGUCUCAGGGGGGAAAAGGGAGAUGGAGGGUUUUCUGUACAGGGACCUCCUGGCUUUCCAGGACUCAAAGGAGAGAAGGGCUUUCCUGGAGCUCCAGGUGUCAGUAGUCUGGGAAUCAAGGGACGGGCAGGACCAUCCGGACCUCCAGGAAUGCCAGGGCCAAAGGGGGAUGCUGCUUUUGGCUUUCCUGGACAGCAGGGACAGUUGGGUCCACAAGGAGAGGAAGGAGCUGUGGGACCACAAGGCAGCCAAGGAGCAGCGGGACCAGAUGGUGUGCCAGGUCCUGCAGGACCAGAUGGACCACUUGGUGCUAAUGGUGAAAGGGGACUGGAUGCUCCACAAGGUCCGAUGGGUCUUGUUGGACCUUGUUUACCGGGAUCCUCUGGACCCAUUGGAAGUCAGGGAGAAGUGGGCGUCAUCGGCUUUACUGGGGUGAGAGGCCCAAAGGGGAUUCGUGGUGACCAUGGACUACCCGGCGUUGGAGUUUUAGGUCUUCAAGGACCUCCUGGUGCUCCAGGAUUUGAUGGGGAAACAGGGCCUGUGGGAAGUAUUGGAUUUAAAGGCUCGAAAGGAAUUCAAGGAAAUUCUGGUAGUCCAGGUGCAAGGGGGGACCCCGGACCCCCAGGACUUUCUGGAAGUCUUGGUGAGGUCGGCAAAGCAGGAGAGUCCGGAAGACUGGGAGAAAAAGGCGAGAAAGGUCUUCAGGGCACCAGGGGCUCUCAGGGCCCUCCUGGUCCACCAGGCAACAAAGGCGACAUCGGCCUCAAAGGAACAGCAACUAGAGUUCCGUUGUAUGGUGUGCCUGGAGACCCAGGGGAGCAAGGUCGGACUGGUCCUACUGGUACUAAAGGAAAUCAAGGGAUUCCAGGUUCACAAGGAGCAAAUGGCAACCAUGGAGAUCCAGGAGGUCCAGGACAGCCAGGGAUUCCUGGAGAACCAGGAAGAGAGGGAGCAGUUGGUCUUACUGGCACCCGUGGGCUCCAAGGCGAUCCUGGUAUGACAGGAAAUCCAGGUAAAAAAGGCAUGCCGGGCUCUAAGGGGGUUUGUGGAGAAGCUGGUGCAUAUGGAAUUCCAGGACCUGAAGGCGUUAAAGGUAUAAAAGGAGAUCCAAGCUCACCAGGCCUGGGUCCUAAAGGAUCUCGCGGAGAGAAGGGAGAGCCCGGUUUUCCUGGCCCUGCAGGUGUGAGAGGAGAGCCAGGGGAACCUGGACACUUUGGUGCUCAAGGAUCCAUAGGCCUCCGUGGUCCAAAAGGAGAUCCUGGACUUCGAGGCUGCAGAGGUCCGCCUGGCCCCUCUGGUGGUAAAGGUUGUGAUGGUCCACCUGGAGAUGAAGGACCUCCUGGUCCAGCCGGACUUACAGGCAACAAAGGGGCUCCAGGAGAUCCAGGUCCCGCAGGUCCCAGAGGACACCAAGGACAAGAUGGUAUACCUGGGCCUCCCGGAGAAAAAGGAGCAAUGGGAGCUCCUGGCAGUGGACCACAAGGCCUGGAGGGUGUAAAAGGUCCACUGGGGUGCGUCGGAGAGGUGGGUCCCCCUGGUCCCUGUGGCCAGCCUGGUCCACAAGGGGCUGAGGGAGCUCAUGGUACCACUGGUCCCCCGGGAGUUCCAGGUCCUCCCGGCAUACAGGGUGGGGAUGGGGCCUGUACUCAAGGAGAGAAAGGAGACCGAGGACUGAGAGGGGAAGCGGGAGAAAAAGGUCCACCAGGGUGUGUAGGCCCUCCUGGUCCUCCAGGCCCUGGUUUUAAAGGAGACAAGGGAUUUAAAGGAGCCACGGGCAGUCAAGGAGUACCUGGAUGUCUUGGUGAUCCUGGACCACAUGGAGAACUGGGGGAAGAUGGACCACCAGGUCCACAAGGUCAUAAAGGCCAAAUGGGAACUACAGGAGUCCCAGGACCUCUUGGAUUGAGAGGGAGUGAAGGAACACCAGGAAACAGAGGCGCUCAGGGACUUCCUGGACCUCCAGGAAGGCAAGGUUCCCCGGGCGGAGACGUGCCAAUGCAAGUCGUGCUGCUACCGGGUGAUCAAGGUGUGGCUGGAGAGCAGGGGGUUCCAGGACUCUCUGGAAUGCCAGGUGCCCAGGGAAGAGCGGGCAUCCCAGCUGCUAAAGGCAGCAGAGGUAUCUCAGGCCGCCAGGGACGGACUGGUUUUCCAGGGCCGAAAGGAGCAAAGGGAGAGGCGGGAUUCCCGGGACAACAGGGGCUCACUGGUGUUCGGGGCACCACUGGCGCCAAAGGUCUCCCUGGCCCACCUGGUCCUUGCAUGGAUGCGCCAGAGAGGAACGGCUUCCUCUUCACACGCCACAGUCAGGAACUGUUUGUGCCGGUCUGUCCUUCUGGGUCCAGCCUGCUCUACGGUGGCUACUCGCUGCUGUUCAUCAACGGAAACAACCGUGCGCACGGGCAAGACCUGGGGUCGCUAGGCAGCUGUCUGCCCCGCUUCACCACCAUGCCCUUCCUCUUCUGCAACCCCGACAACACCUGCCGCUACGCCUCACGCAACGACUACUCCUACUGGCUGUCCACUCAAGAGGAGGGGUCGGGCGGCGCGCCCUUCAUCUCCGGGGACCUGCUGAAGAACUUCAUCAGCAGGUGCAGCGUGUGCGAGUCCAGAACCAACGUGAUCGCCGUUCACAGUCAGACCACUUCUGUUCCGGAUUGCCCGCCUGACUGGGAGUCUCUGUGGUCAGGCUUCUCCUUUGUGAUGGAGACCGGGGUCGGGGCAGAAGGAUCGGGCCAACCUCUGGCCUCUCCGGGAUCCUGCCUGGAAAAUUUCCGCAAAAUUCCCUUCAUCGAGUGUCACGGCAGAGGAACCUGCAACUACUACACCGACUCGUACAGUUACUGGCUGGCAGCCCUCGACCCCGACCACAUGUUCAGCAAACCCAAGCCUCGGACUCACACCGGCGGCAACUUCCCGGCCUCUGGUCUGAUCAGCCGCUGCAGAGUGUGCAGGAAGCGCUAGCCAAUCCCAGGCAGGGCUGCUGCUGCGGUGGCCACACCCACCUCCCAGAGAUUCUUCACCGGAGCCGGUCCUCACAGGGUUUUCACUCUUCACCCAUCAGGUGACUGGAUUCAGUGGAGUCUGGAGCUGCUCCUGAUGGCUGUGUUUGGGACAAAGGCCUGCAGCACUGUGGCCCUCUGAGGACC